CGGCUCUUCACGCCAAGACAUCGGAUGUUUCUGGCGCCGAUCAUCACAACCUGACGACGCAGCGCCCGUACCAGACGACGUGCAGAGCAGCACGCCUUGUUUAGGUGCCUGCGCCUUCACGCUACCGCAUCCCACCCAAACCUUCGAGUCCCUGCUUCCACCCGUCUGCAUCCAGCCGCACCCCUUUGGUCCCUGCCGUACACAUCAGCUUCAUCACAAUGGGUGUCUGCGCGUCGUGCCUGGGAGGGCAGCGGACUUCGGAUAUAGACCAUUCGGAUUCCUCGCAUCUGCUGGGAGACCAGUACCAGCCCAACUACGGCACCGCUAGCAGCACUCACCAUCUGCCCCAGCCGGACCCCGAGGAGCUUCGCCGCCAGCGCGAGAACCUCGAGCGCAUCUGCGCGGAAACAAAUGAGCAGCUGAUUCCAGUCUCGCAACCCAACGCCCUCCCUGAAGUUGCCGAGCAGCCCUCCAAGAACGACGAGUAUGCCCACCUCUUCAACGAGCGCUUCAAGUCUGUCAGACACAACCGCCCGGCUUCGACUGGCGAUAACGACGACGACGAAACAGCCUGGCUCGAAAAUGCCGUAGGCAACCAGGGAGAAGACGAGCUGGACCAGAUCAAGCCAGCCAAUGGCAAACUGACGAUACAGUUUGGCCAACGAUAAACACACGACAACACAAUAGUCAACGACGCGCUUGUCUCUGGUUUUAUAGACAGAGACCUUUUGCUCUUUUCCAGUACUUGUUCUGUUCAGUAUCGUAUGACCUCCUAUUCCGGAUACCCAUAAUACUUCCCUUUUGCUUGCUUCUUCUGUGCAAGGGCCGUUGGCCUUACUACUCACAUAUUUCGUUUGUGUUACAUAGCAUAGCGAUUUUCAUAUCAUUCUACAGCAUCUUUUAUGCAUUUGUCAGAUGUGUAUUACAAUGGCACACAGCCAUCAACCGCAUAAUGCAAGCCUAUCGU